UCUGGGUGGGGUAGGGGAGUAGCAGAGGGGCUUAUGUUUUAUAAGAGGCGAGAUCAAAAAUUUAAUGCUCAGAAUGACUGAGAGAACUUCACAAGCUGGAAACGUCAUAUACCCAACGCCUGCUGCGUGAGCAACACUGCUUUGAUUCGACACUCCGUUAUCUGAUCAGAAAGGAGUAAGAUUACUUAGCAGGCUGUAAAGGUUUCCACUGACAGAAUCAAGACUCAACUUCUGAAGAGCAAACCCAAAGCGCAAUACUGAAGAUGAAGUCCAGCCUGGUUGUAACCACUCUUCUCUGCUUCACCACCUGGAUGAGCUUGGCCUUUGCCAGACCCGGAGAAAGCUGUUGUGUAUCAUGGUCCAAAACCAGAGUCCCACUUGACCGAAUUGUGAAUUAUGCCAUUCAGUCUGAAGAUGCUUGUCGCAUCAAAGCAGUACGGUUACGGACCAUGCUUGGAAAGACAAUAUGCGCCAAUCCCAAUGCUGCCUGGACAAUAGAAGCAAUGGAGUGGGUGGACAAGAAGAAAGCACCAACAACAUCCACAACAACAACAUCCACACCAACAACAUCCACAACAACAACAUCUACACCAACAACAUCCACAACAACAACAUCCAAACCAGCAUCCACACCAGAAGCAUCCUCACUAUCAACAUCCACACCAACAACAUUAGCACCAACAACAUCUACAUCAACAUCCACAUCAACAACAUCCGCACCAACAACAUCCACAACAACAACAUCCACACCAGCAUCCACACCAGAAGCAUCCUCACUAUCAACAUCCGCACCAACAACAUCCGCAAAAACAACAUCCACAUCAACAACAUCCGCACCAACAACAUCCACACCAACAACAUACAAACCAGCAUCCACACCAGAAGCAUCCUCACUCUCAACAUCUGCACCAACAACAUCCACAUCAGCAACAUCCACAACAACAACAUCUACAACAACAACAUCCACACCAACAACAUCUGCACCAAGAACAUCC